UUUCGGUAGCGACCUUGGGGGGCGCGAGUUUGGAAAUGAGGCCCGAGGUUGGAAGCUUCAAAGCGGUGCCGCCCUAGUUUCCAGCCCUGCGACCGGUGCGCCACGGACUCGCUCGUCACGCUUUUGUUUGUAUUUUUCUCCUGUAACACGAGUGGCCUCGCCGCACGGUGACCUCCGUGAGGGGCCCUCAUUUUAGGAGGCCCGAGGACCGGCGUGGUGGAGGCGAGGAAGCCGCCCGCUACCAGCUGCCCGCGCGGGGGAGCGUGGAGCCCCCCGCAGUUCCGAAUAUAACCUGGCGGAGCGGGAGUUUCCUGGGCGUCCUGCCGGCCCGGCACGCUGUGGGUGGUUAUUCCUCCCACCAGACGCCCACGGCCGUUCGGCAAUAGCAAAACCAAGGUUUUCUCAGCAUUUCUCUUGGAGAAAACGAAGCUAGAGGAAAAAAUGCUUAUUUUUCCUAAAAUAUCUUUAAGACCUGAGGUUGAAAACUACCUUAAAGAAAGCUUUAUGAAUAAGGAGGUUGUGUCUGCUGUAGGUAAGCAUGAAGCAGAAAGGAAGUUUGAAAGUCUGUUAAGUCACUUGUCAUACCCUCCAUCGUUCACUACUGUCAGAGUAAAUACACAUUUAGCAUCAGUACAGCAUGUGAAAAAUCUGUUAUUUGAUGAACUUCAGAAGCAGUAUAAUGGAUUAAAUGUUCCUAUUCUUCAACAUCCAGAUCUUCAGGAUAUCUUACUUAUUCCUGUUAUUGGACCUAGGAAGAACAUAAAGAAACAACAGUGUGAAGCCAUUGUUGGAGCCCAGUGUGGCAAUGCAGUGUUAAGAGGAGCCCAUGUCUAUGUUCCAGGAAUUGUGUCAGCUUCAAAAUUUAUGAAAGCUGGAGAUGUUAUUUCUGUAUACUCUGAUGUUAAAGGCAAAUGUAAGAAAGGAGCCAAAGAAUUUGAUGGAACGAAAGUAUUUCUUGGAAAUGGAGUUUCUGAACUAAGCCGAAAAGAAAUCUUUGGUGGGCUACCUGAACUGAAAGGUAUAGGCGUAAGAAUGACGGAACCAGUGUAUCUCAGCCCUUCAUUUGACAAUCUGUUGCCUGGCUAUGUAUUUUUACAGAAUUUGCCAUCUGCUGUAGUAACUCAUGUUCUGGAUCCUCAACCUGGAGAGAAGAUUCUAGAUUUGUGUGCAGCACCUGGAGGUAAAACAACACACAUUGCAGCACUCAUGCAUGAUCAGGGAGAAGUUAUAGCACUGGAUAAAAUAUCCAACAAGGUGGAAAAAAUAAAGCAGAAUGCUUUACUGUUAGGGCUGUAUUCCAUCAGGGCAUUUUGUUUUGAUGGAACAAAGGCUCUUAAAUUCAAUAUGGACACAGAAGGGGAACCUCCAUUCUUACCCGAGUCUUUUGAUAGAAUUCUUCUUGAUGCACCCUGUAGCGGAAUGGGACAGAGACCAAACAUGGCUUGUGCUUGGACUUUGAAAGAAGUGACAUCAUAUCAGCCAUUACAGCGAAAGCUUUUUACUGUGGCAGUUCAGCUGCUGAAGCCAGGGGGCGUGCUGGUCUACAGUACGUGCACUAUCACACUUGCAGAGAAUGAAGAACAAGUUGCCUGGGCCCUCACAACAUUUCCUUGCCUUCAGCUUCAGUCCCAGGAACCACACAUUGGAGGAGAGGGAAUGUUGGGCGCUGGCUUAUCAUCUAAACAAUUGAAACAGCUGCAGCGAUUUGAUCCAUCUGUUGUGCCAUUACAGAAUAUUGACAUUGAUUCUCUCAGAGAUGCCAGAACAGAAGACAUGAUUUGGCUGGCAAAUAACGAUUGUAUAGGUUUUUUUAUUGCGAAAUUUGUAAAAUGCAAAAGCACAUAGGGUUUUAGAAUUGAAAAUUCUAAACAUUUGCUCUGUGUAUGUGUUUAACCAAACUGUUGUCAGACCAAGUGAUAUGAUGGCAUGGUUGUUAAGGAAACAGAAAAGACUGCCACCUAUUUCACCAGAGAUCGAGAGAGAGCAAGUAGUCAAGGAAGUGGUAUGAGAUUAUAUUUUGUGUUUUUAAAAGAAUUUUUUCUUUAUGAAUUUAUCAGUAUAAAGAAAAGGAGAUGCCUAGAGAUGCCUGCAACAUAUUGUUACUGGGAGUCUUGUGUUUUAAUUUGUAAAGAAUACAAGUAAUUUUUAAUGUUAAAAUCAGUGAAUCUAACAAAAGGAAUAAAAUUAGUAAUAUUU